GUAGUAAGGGGGAGGUGGGUACUGUAUUCCAGAAGGUGGUUGGGUGCCACGGUACGUCGGGAGUUGUAGUUCGCUGUGGACGUUGGUUAUCCCGGGAGGCGGUGCGCGAAUAGGCUUCAGGAUGGCGCAGGGCUGUCGGAUCGGACCGUCCAUCCUCAACAGUGACCUGUCUUGUUUGGGCGCCGAGUGCCGCCGCCUGUUGGGGUGUGGGGCCGAUUACCUGCACCUGGACGUGAUGGACGGCCACUUUGUGCCCAACAUCACCUUCGGUCACCCUGUGGUAGAAUGUCUUCGGAAGGAACUUGGACAAGAGCCCUUCUUUGACAUGCACAUGAUGGUCUCAAAGCCAGAGCAGUGGGUGAAACCAAUGGCAGUAGCUGGGGCAAAUCAGUACACAUUCCACCUGGAAGCUACAGACAACCCAGGUCCACUCAUCAAAGACAUCAGAGAAAACUGUAUGAAGGUGGGACUGGCGAUUAAACCAGGAACAUCUGUAGAAGUCCUGGCUCCAUGGGCAAAUCAGAUCGAUAUGGCUCUGGUAAUGACUGUGGAGCCAGGAUUCGGUGGUCAGAAGUUCAUGAGUGAUAUGAUGCCAAAGGUGCACUGGUUGAGGACACAGUUUCCCUCUCUGGAUAUUGAAGUUGAUGGAGGUGUAGGACCAGACACUAUUCACAAAUGUGCAGAGGCUGGAGCAAACAUGAUUGUGUCUGGCAGCGCUGUCAUGAAGAGUGAUGAUCCCAGAUCAGUGAUUAACCUCCUUCGAAACGUUUGCGUGGAAGCUAUUCAAAAGCGAUGUCUGGACAGGUGAUACCUCAGCAGGGCAAGUACACUACGCCUGCUGCUUGUGGUGGAGGUUUAAAUCUCUUGAUGACUGCAUCAAUGAGGAAAUCAAUAAAUUCGCAGGAUGGUGCACAAACAACUAUCUGGAUCUGAAUCCUAGUAAAACUAAAGAAAAUGGUACUGGACAUUAGAAAACAACAGUACACUGUCUCGACCCUGGAAAUAAGUGGCCAGUCAAUAGAGCGUGUUGGAGAAUACAAGUACCUUGGCACAACUUAUAGAUAACAAAAUCUCCUUCAAGACCAGUGGUGGGUUGAUAAUCUCCACGUGCCAAGAACGGCUAUUUUCCCAGUUUCCCAGCCAUCAAUUCUCCAGACAUUUUAUAAACAUUUCACUGCAUCAAUAUUAACCUACAACAUCAUGACAUGGUUUGGAGAAAUGAACAUUAUCAACCUCAACCCACUCAACAGAAUUAUCAGAAAAAGUAGUAAAAUCAUUGGCCAGGAACAAGAAACAUUCAGCAGCAUCCAUAUGAGACGGACAAUAAAGAAGGCUCAACAAAUAGCAGAGGGCAUUACACAUACACUUCACGCGUACUACACUCUCAUGCCAUCUAGAUGCCGCUACAGGUCCCUGCCCACCAUUACCAGAAGAGCCUUCUUUCAGGUUUUGUGCCUUCCUCCAUUCGCCUCAACACUCAAUUUUGAAUAUACAGUAUGUAUAGCACCUCUGACAGUAAAAACAGUUUUACUAUUUGUAUUUUAAAUCACAUGCAUUCAUUCUUAGUAUUUAUUAUCUAUCGUGAAUGUUUAACUAUAUGUAGUGUGGUGUUGUGCAUCUUAAGUUCAGUGAUGUUGUCCUUACCACUGCACAAAGUUCCUCACGUAAAUAUGUAAAAUAAAGUGAAUUGAAUUGAAUCAAAUUAAACUGUAUGUUUUAUGUUGCAGUUGUACG